UGGAGGGCGGGCGGGCAGGCGGGUGCAAGCGAGGGGUGUGCGCGGCUCUCUCUGCAGGGGGCGGGGGAGGCGGCCGCGCGGUGACGCGCGGGGCUGCUGCGGCUGCUCCGCCGGCGGAUCAUCACUCUCGGGCUAGGAUGGACGCGGGGCGGGCGGGCCCUGGCGCGCGGAGCCAGGAGUCGGGGCCUCCCGGCUGCUGAGGGUCCCCCGGAACCUCCCCCUUAUCCCCCGCUUUCCCUCCUAGGAACCGUGCCGACCCCCGCCCUGGGGCUCCAGACUUGGCUCCCGCCCUCAUCUGACUCCCUGGACCUCCCCCUCCCGCCCGCCCUCGGGAUCGACUAGAUCCCUCCCCCUCCCCGAGGAUUCCGGCUGGAUCCCUGCCCCUGCACCGCGGAUCCUGCGCUCCCAGGCUCCUUGCCUUUGGGGAUUGCCGUGGACUCCUCCUCCCAGACCCGAUCCCUUAGGAUCCUCCGCCUGUACUGCUUUCUGGUCCUUCGAAGCCGGCCCACGGAUCCAGUGGAUCCCUAAUCCAGUCCUGUCCCGUUGCCCCCUCCUUGGUCCGCCGCCCCCACUGCGGGGUUCCCUGUUCUAGGGUUCCUCCUGACCCCAUCCCCUACCUCUCCUUUCCCCGGGGAUCGAUUGGAUCCCGGCCCCGCCCCCCGGGGCUGGGGCGAUCCCCUUCCCCCGCCGGGUGAGGCGCUGCGAGCGGGGGUUGGGCCUGCGGGGCCGCGGGGGCUUAGAGGCCGCCGCCCCCCUCCCGAAGCCCGUCCGCCCCCUACUCGGAGCCCUGGAUGGAGGCACCACGGCCCCAGGGCUGAGCCAGAUCAGGCCUGCCUUUACCUUCUCCCACUUCCUUCCCCUUCCCCACCCCUUGCCCCCUCCAUGGAGAGGAAUAGACCCCUUCUCUGUCCGGUCUAACCCAGGUCCCUUCCCACCCCCCCUCCUCCCUCCUUUCCCCCACCCCUUCCUCCCUACUGGGGCAAGGGGGGCCUCCCUCCCUCUCCCCCCCUUCUCUCUCUCUCCGAGGGGGGGGUCCCGGGGAGGGAGGGGAGGCCCCCCAUCAGCAUGUGGCUCCUGGCGCUGUGUCUUGUGGGGCUGGCAGGGGCUCAACGGGGGGGAGGGGUCCCUGGUGGUGGCGCCCCAGGCCAGGGCCUGGGCCUCGGCAGCCUCGGGGAGGAGCGCUUCCCAGUGGUGAACACAGCCUACGGGCGAGUGCGCGGUGUGCGGCGUGAGCUCAACAACGAGAUCCUGGGCCCCGUCGUGCAGUUCUUGGGUGUGCCAUACGCCACGCCACCCUUGGGUGCCCGCCGCUUCCAGCCGCCUGAGGCCCCCGCCUCGUGGCCCGGCGUGCGCAACGCCACCACCCUGCCACCCGCCUGCCCGCAGAACCUGCAUGGGGCGCUACCCGCCAUCAUGCUGCCUGUGUGGUUCACCGACAACUUGGAGGCAGCCGCCACCUACGUGCAGAACCAGAGUGAGGACUGCCUGUACCUCAACCUCUACGUGCCCACCGAGGACGAUAUCCGGGACUCCGGGAAGAAGCCCGUGAUGCUGUUUCUGCAUGGUGGCUCCUACAUGGAGGGCACUGGGAACAUGUUCGAUGGCUCUGUCCUGGCCGCCUAUGGCAACGUCAUUGUAGCCACACUCAACUACCGGCUUGGUGUGCUUGGUUUUCUCAGCACUGGAGACCAGGCUGCAAAAGGGAACUAUGGGCUCCUAGACCAGAUCCAGGCCCUGCGCUGGCUCAGUGAAAACAUUGCCCACUUUGGGGGUGACUCCGAGCGCAUCACCAUCUUUGGGUCUGGGGCCGGGGCCUCCUGUGUCAACCUUCUGAUCCUCUCCCACCAUUCAGAAGGGCUGUUCCAGAAGGCCAUCGCCCAGAGUGGCACCGCCAUUUCCAGCUGGUCUGUCAACUACCAGCCACUCAAGUAUACUCGGCUACUGGCGGCCAAGGUGGGCUGUGACCGAGAGGACAGUGCCGAAGCUGUGGAGUGUCUGCGCCGGAAGCCUUCCCGGGAGCUGGUGGACCAGGAUGUGCAGCCUGCCCGCUACCACAUUGCCUUUGGACCCGUGGUCGACGGUGACGUUGUCCCCGAUGACCCUGAGAUCCUCAUGCAGCAGGGAGAAUUCCUCAACUACGACAUGCUCAUUGGUGUCAACCAAGGAGAAGGCCUCAAGUUCGUGGAGGACUCUGCGGAGAGCGAGGACGGCGUGUCUGCCAGCGCCUUUGACUUCACGGUCUCCAACUUUGUGGACAACCUAUAUGGCUAUCCAGAGGGCAAAGAUGUGCUGCGGGAAACCAUCAAGUUUAUGUACACAGACUGGGCCGACCGGGACAAUGGUGAGAUGCGGCGCAAGACCCUGCUGGCCCUCUUUACUGACCACCAGUGGGUGGCACCAGCUGUGGCCACCGCCAAGCUGCACGCUGACUACCAGUCCCCUGUCUACUUUUACACCUUCUACCACCACUGCCAGGCUGAGGGCCGGCCUGAGUGGGCAGACGCAGCGCAUGGGGAUGAGCUACCCUAUGUCUUUGGUGUGCCCAUGGUGGGUGCCACCGACCUCUUCCCCUGCAACUUCUCCAAGAAUGAUGUCAUGCUCAGCGCUGUGGUCAUGACCUACUGGACCAACUUCGCCAAGACUGGCGACCCCAACCAGCCGGUGCCGCAGGACACCAAGUUCAUCCACACCAAGCCCAACCGCUUUGAGGAGGUGGUAUGGAGCAAGUUCAACAGCAAGGAGAAGCAGUACCUGCACAUUGGCCUGAAGCCUCGCGUGCGUGACAACUACCGCGCCAACAAGGUGGCCUUCUGGCUGGAGCUCGUGCCCCACCUGCACAACCUGCACACAGAGCUCUUCACCACCACCACGCGCCUGCCUCCCUACGCCACGCGCUGGCCGCCUCGCCCACCCCCUGGCGCCCCAGGCACGCGCCGGCCCCCACCGCCUGCCACCCUGCCGCCCGAGCCCGAGCCCGAGCCAGGCCCCAGGGCCUACGACCGCUUCCCCGGGGACUCACGGGACUACUCCACGGAGCUAAGUGUCACUGUGGCCGUGGGCGCCUCCCUCCUCUUCCUCAACAUUCUCGCCUUUGCUGCCCUCUACUAUAAGCGGGACCGGCGGCAGGAGCUGCGGUGCAGGCGGCUCAGCCCACCAGGCGGCUCAGGCUCUGGUGUGCCUGGUGGAGGCCCCCUGCUUCCCGCUGGGGGCCGUGAGCUGCCCCCAGAGGAGGAGCUGGUGUCACUGCAGCUGAAGCGGGGCGGUGGCGUGGGGGCGGACCCUGCUGAGGCCCUGCGCCCCGCCUGCCCACCCGACUACACCCUGGCCCUGCGCCGGGCACCGGACGAUGUGCCUCUCUUGGCCCCUGGGGCCCUGACCCUGCUGCCCAGUGGCCUGGGGCCUCCACCCCCACCACCACCCCCCUCCCUCCAUCCCUUUGGGCCCUUUCCCCCACCUCCUGCCACUGCUCCCAGCCACAACAACACGCUACCCCACCCCCACUCCACUACUCGGGUAUAGGGGGCGGCCUGGGGAGGCCCUCCUCCCCAGCCCUCCCUGCAAGCCCGGUGGGAAGUGCCACUUGAAGGGAGGGAGGAGGACUUGGCAGCAGGCUUUUCUCACUUGGAGCUGUCACACGUCAAGGAGCGUUAGGUGGACACAGGUUUCCUCACCAGGAUGUGUGCUUUUCCCACACGGAGAAGCCCAUUCUCUUCUCCGGACCUGGGCCUUUGAACAACCAGGGGUGUUUUUUCUCCUCCAUUGGGACACCAGUCUUCAGUGUGCAGAAAAGUGGAAGUAUUUUCCCACGUGGAGGUGUGCUUUCUCAUGAGGGGGUGUGUUUUCCCAUGUGCAGGGUGAGGUUUUUUUUUGCCGCCCUGGACACAUGUUGGCCCCCUCAAAGAAUUUCUGCGGGAAUUUGUACCCCAGAAUCCUGUUCCCUCAUGCCUUCUCCCACCUCCUCCCCUCCCCACCUCUUGGAGACCCUGGAAGUGGUAUGUUCAUGCACAGUGACCCUUGCCCACCAGAAAACACAGGGUGGUGCCUGGGAAGUGGUCAAGGAAAUCACAGCGCCCUCAGCCCUGCCCCACACCCUCCUAUGCCCCAGCAAAGCAUGUUUGUCCCUCAUGGCACAAGUCAGAUGAAGCAUGUUCUCCUGGGUAGGCCUUGCCUUCCACAGAUGACUGAUACAGAUUCCCUGCCUGGGGGAUGGGAGGAGAUCCGUGCAUCCCUGUGCUGCCUGGGAAUUUGUUUUCCCAUGGGUCCAGGACACAUUUCUCUGAGUGGAAACAUGUUCUUGCAUGUGGAUGUGUGUUUUCCCAUGCAGAGGGUCCUUUUCUCUCCAGCCUCUUCCCUUCAUCCCCCAGGCCUCAGGCCCAGCACUUAAUUCCUCUGCACACAGCAGGUGGGAACAGACUUCCAGUCAGCAAAAGCUGAGGAGGCUGUACAAAUAGUGGGAAGGGGAACUCUGCCCCUACCUCCCCCAGAGCUGCUGAGUUUGGUAGGGAGGUGACACCUGCCACCCACAGAGGCCAUGCAUGUUUUUGACCAAAGUCCUCAUUGGGCUCUGAGGGCAGCCUUUCCCUCAGUCCUCAGACCAUUGCUCAUCCGUGCCAAACUGGGUAGGUGGGUUUGAGAGGAAGACCCCCAAAAUGUGCCAAGGAUUCCCCAGUCCCAGGCCAGGGCAGGUAAACUUGGGGGCAGGUGGGACAGAGUAGAAGUAAAGUGGGAGCCAAAGGGGUCCUGCCUGUGUCUCUCCUCUCCCCGCCAUGUCUCUGCCCUCCCUCUCUGCCUCAGAAUCACAUUCCUCCAUCUCUGUCUCCCACUUUGAAGCCUUCCUGUCUCAGUGUCAGACCAGCUGCUCCCUCAGCUGCCCACUCCCCUCUUCCAUGGGACCCGGGGCUGAGGGAAUGGAGGGGGUGGGGGAGGGGGAGAGCAGGGAAGAAAGGUUUCACGGACAGGCUGGGGAGAGAAUGAGGUUAGCUGUGCAGAGGAAGAGAUGGAGGGGGCAGCGGGGGUCAGGGCUGGAGCGGACUCCAGCAGGAAGAGUUUGAAAGGACUUGUAUGAGGUGCCUGGAGAGCACCCACCUGAGGAGAAAGGGUUUGGACCUCUGGGGAAAAAAAUGAUGUCAGGAAGGAUUUUAAGGGACAGCAUUGGCAAAGGAGAGAAUCUUCGUCUGCUGGUAUUUUGUGGAUUUGUUAGUGUCAAGCUUAGUAGGGGGUGGGGUGCUGUCUUCCACUGACACCCAAAUCCAGAAUCCCUGGUCUUGGCUUCCCAGAACUUUGCCGCCUCACUGUCCCUUCUCCCAUCUCCACCCAUGGAAACUUAGUUCUUUUCUGCCCCCUUCCCCUGCCUGGUCUAGCUCCUUUCCAAACAGCCAUGUCCUUUAAUGCUAGGGACCUGAGCCCUAAAACCUGUAGACAGAUGCCCCCUGAAUUGGGGCAUGGGAAGGGGGCUGGGGGACCCCAUGAUUCAGCCACGGACUCCAAUGCCCAGCCCCUGUCCUCAGAACAACUCCCUGACAAUCCCAUGUCCCCACCCUAACCCAUCGCGGCUCUGUACACAUUUUUAAACCUGGCAAAAGAUGAAGAGAAUAUUGUAAAUAUAAAAGUUUAACUGUU